AUGCCGGACGUCGACAGAGAUCGCCAAGUUGGGUUCGAGCUGACCUUCAAAUUCGCUCUGUCCGCCGUCACUUUCUUGGCGUACGAUACGCUGCUGAAUAUUGGAGAUGAGAUAGACUACGUCUGGAGAGGCCCGAGGUCGUGGGUGACAUGGGCGUACGCGUUCAUCAGACACGUUCCAUCGAUCAUUGCCUUCACCUUCUUUGAAUGGCGCCCAGAACAGUGCAGAGCCUGGAUCGCGUACCAGCUGUCCUUCAACGAAGCCCUCACCAUCGCCGUAGAAGGCGUACUAAUCGUCCGCAUUUAUGCGCUGUACAACCGCAACCGGCUGGUCAUAGCCGCAGUCCUUUUCCUGUACAUGUCUGAAAUCACGCUCAUGAUCGUCGUCAUUGCCGUCAGCAUUCCCGGCAUGCGCUUCGACGAGCAGUGUGUCAUCACGGACACCCCGGGCAUCUUUACCUCGUACUGGAUAAUCUCGCUCGCGUUCGAAACCAUUCUGUUCGCCCUGACCCUGGUCAAGUUCUUCACGAGCAUGAGCAGAUAUCUCGGCCGCCAUUCACUGCUCUUUGCCCUCGUGCGCGAUGGCACGUGGGCAUAUGCUAUGACGUUCGUGAUCAUGCUGAUGAACACGCUCGUGUAUCACCUGGUCAAGGGCACCCUGGCGGGCGUGUGUUUUUGUUGGGAGCUGGCUAUCAUGUCCUUUGCCGGCGCGCACGUUCUCCUCAACUUGCGACGGCUCGCGGCGGACCGGUCUGUCAUAGAGCUGCCCUUGUCGGUCGGCGUGGACGACACCAUCCAAUUUACGUCGCACAUCGACCACGCAGGCGAAGGGACGGCAACCGGGAUCACCAACGAGAGCGAAGUCACCAUGGAGAUGCGCAACCUGAAAGGGUGCAGCCUGAGUUGCCGUGCGUAA